AUGACCCUAGUAUCAAACGAUCCCAGUUGGUGGCCAACCAUCAAUGCAAAUAUUAGUAACAGCUAUUUCAUAGUGGCCUCCUGUGCUUUGGUGAUAUAUGACUGGGGACUUAUGUUUGGACAAGAGAAGCAACGCUGGUCCAUGAUGACCAUUCUGUAUCUCAUUGCACAAUAUGUUGCAGUAGGACAUGUUGUUCGAUAUUCCAGCAAUUCCCAUGACAGAUGGAGUCUUAUCAUCUAUGACGCAGUUAGUUGGGUGGGUGAUAUUUUAAAUGUAAUGAUGGGUGUCAUCAUGAUUGCUCGGUUGUAUGCCAUGUACCAGGGAUCCAGAAAAGUCCUGAUAUCACUUGUUGUCAUAUUUCUGGUCAUCAGAAUCGCCAACGUAGUGAUGAUCGCAAUAGUGACAAUGCAGACCUCAGCAGUACUAGAGGAAUUCAUUCUCUCUGGCAUCUAUCUGUGCAUGAAUAACUUUGGAGGAGAUUCCAUAUUUCUGCUUUCCAUGACUUGGAUACUUGACACCAUAUGGGAGGUCUUUGCACUGUGUCUCACGAUCUGGAUUGCUGUGAAGCACUUCAGUGAACUGCGAAGACACUCAGCAAGAGGUAUUAUAGGGGACUGUUUUACGGUGUUAAUGCAAACACAUAUUAGUUAUGUUGCAAGUUUAUUCUCUCUGGCGGUCUCAGUGAACCCAUUCUCCCUGGGUGUUCAGAUCUACCUUGGUUUCUCUCAAAUCUUCGACAUGAUUCAGCUGUCUGUGCUGGGACCAUGCCUCAUUCUUAGUGUUCAAGAAUACAAUGCUAAGCUUGUGGCCCACUCUGAUACAGCAACCAAUAUGACUUUGAUUGCUUUCCAGAAACAUGUCCAUGUGCAGAGUAGUAGCAUAUAG